CAAAUAUUGGUCUUCUUUAAAAUCCACUCAAAUCCCCAACCUCAUCUCCUCCAUCUUUUCCCUUUCGUUUUCCCCUUCCCCGCCCCACCCUUUCGCCGCCGCUUACUCCGUCUCCGUUUCCCUCUUCUCCCCGGUCUCCCUCUACGAAGGCGAUGUUUCCCCUUCCUCCACCAUCUCCUCCUUCUUCAACGUCGUUUCUUCUCUUUCUUUCUGUUCCGAUGGCCUCAUCUUAGUUAUUUUCGAUCUCUCUGGUCUCAUCUAUGUCUACGAUGUCAAAAUCCGGACCCCGCUUCGUCGUAUAUGGUCUCAUACCCGUUCAGUUUGAUUCAUUAUAUAUAUGGUUCUCGAUAAGCUCUAUUUUCUCUCUGGAGGUGACGAUGUCGUCGUUAAAUUCUGGGAUGUUGCUACGGAAAGCGUGGUUUUGGACUUGAUGGGUUAUAAGGAUUACAUGCGGUGCGGCGAUUGUAGUUCCGUGAGUUCUGAUUUGUUUGUUACCGAUUCUUAUGAUCAAACCGUUAAGGUUUGGAAUGUUAGAGUCAAGAAUUCAAGGUCGAUUUUGGAAGUGAAUCAUGGGAAACCAGUGGAGGAUAUGAUUUAUUUGCCUUCUGGUGGGUUAAUUGCAACUACUGGUGGGAAUUCAGUGAAGAUAUGGGAUCUGAUUGGGGGUGGGAGGAUGGUUCAUUCAAUGGAAAGUCAUAAUGAAACUGUUACAUCGAUUUGUGUAGGAAUAAUUAAGAAGGAAAAUUGUGGGGAUGAAUCUACGGAGGAUAUGAUUUUGAGUGUUGGUUUGGAUGGUUAUAUGAAGGUUUUUUAG